GGAUAAAACACUUCGUUUUCGGGGGUUUCAUCUUGCGACGAAACAACCACAGAAACGGCAAACUCUUAAUUUACCCGGACGAACUGCACGUUAUUCGCAUCCGCUCCGACUAAGUCAUGGAAAUAAGUUGACAAAGCCGACGCGGGUCGGUCCGCCACCACCACAGUCAUUAGUCGCGUUAGCUCGCUAGCACUGGCGUGCAUCGCCGAGCUUGAGCUACCGCGGUUAGCCCGUUAGCGUUAGCCUCGCUUAGCUUAGCAUCCGAGGUUAUGCUACUGCGGUUUGCCCGUCAGCGUUAGCCUCGCUUAGCUUAGCAUCCGAUCUUAAGCUACUGUGGUUAGCCCACUAGCGUUAACUUAGUUUAGCUUAGCAUGGCUACGUGCUAAUCCCGGUCCCGUGCGGAGCGGGGUGGCGCGUCAGACGUCAGGAUCAGUCAACAUCGGGGCUUUAUGAAGGAGCGCUGCCUACCACGGUUGACUCUCGGGGAGACCGGGCGGCGGAGUGGGGAGACGACCGCAGUAGGGAGCGCUCCUUCCUAAAGCCUCCCAUCAUUACGACAUGUCAGAUCAGAACCCCCGAUGCUAAGCUACACUGUUAUCGUCGUUCUGAUUGAAGGCAGACUUAUUAAUUUGCUGUAGCUCUGUCCUGCCCUCCCUGAAGUGCUUUUGUGUGAGGGGCCUUUUUGAACUUUUUGAAUCACUUUUUAAUGACUUUUUAACCAUUGACAUCGUCUGUGUUUUUCACCCUGAAGUUCUGAGCAUGUUGUUAGGUUCCAGGUGAAUCCUCCUCUCUCGAUCCCGGAUCCCAAGUGCAUGAAGCCCCCUGGAGGUUGACGAGUCACAGUGUCCCCCGCUCCUCCCCGCCAAGCACCAUGUCCUCCACCUCCUCCUCGUGCUCCUCCUCGGGGGAAACCAGUCCAGAGGAUGCUCCGCGAGGUGGGGGCACCAUCAGGGUCUUCCUGCCCAACAAACAGAGGACUGUGGUCACCGUCCGGCCCGGUCAGACGGUGUACGACAGCCUGGACAAAGCCCUGAGGAUGAGGGGUCUGACGCAGGACUGCUGCGCUGUGUUCCGCCUCCUGGAAGGGCGGAAGAGGCUGACGGAGUGGGACACGGACAUCACUCCCCUGGUCGGAGAGGAGCUGCUUGUGGAGGUGCUUGACGACGUGCCCCUCACCAUGCACAACUUCGUCCGCAAGACCUUCUUCAAGUUGGCCUACUGUGACUUCUGCCACAAGUUCCUCUUCAACGGCUUCAGGUGCCAGACCUGUGGCUACAAGUUCCACCAGCACUGCAGCAGCAAGGUGCCCACGGUGUGCCUGGACAUGGACACCAUCACCAAGAGGUUUCCGACUAAUGCCUGUUCAGACGAAUACCCACAGAUAUCCAUACUGCCAGAUAGCUCCAUAUCACAGGGCGACCUAGCCUUAACCCCAGACCCAGCUGGGAUGGACCUGCUGUCCCCCACCUCGGCCUUCCCCUUCCCCACGCCGGGGGUCGAGGGACAGUCACUCCAGCGCCACCGCUCCACCUCCACGCCCAACGUCCAUAUUAUCAGCACCGUGGGCCCCGCCGGGGUCAGCAUCAUAGAGGGAGCACUGAAGUCCUUCAACACAUCAGGCCCGGAGCCCUCGCCGAAACCCUCCACGAGCCCCCCCUCGUCGCUGGGCUCUCCCGGCAGGAGGCCCCCCAAGUCCCCCUCGGAACACAAGGAGCGCAAGCCCUCCUCCUCCGACGGCCAGAAGAAAGUGCACCGCGGGGGGUACAGAGACUCCACCUACUACUGGGAGGUGCACUCCAGGGAGGUGACCAUGCUGAAGAGGAUCGGCUCCGGCUCCUUCGGGACCGUGUUCCGGGGCAAGUGGCACGGCGACGUGGCCGUCAAGAUCCUCAAGGUCACGGAGCCCACCCCAGAGCAGCUGCAGGCCUUCAAGAACGAGAUGCAGGUCCUCAGGAAGACCCGCCACGUCAACAUCCUGCUCUUCAUGGGCUACAUGACCAAGCCCAACUUCGCCAUCAUCACCCAGUGGUGCGAGGGCAGCAGCCUGUACCGCCACCUGCACGUCACCGACACCAAGUUCGGCACCAUGCGCCGCAUCGACGUGGCCCGGCAGACGGCGCAGGGCAUGGAUUAUCUCCACGCGAAGAAUAUAAUCCACCGAGACCUCAAAUCAAACAACAUCUUCAUCCACGAGGGCUGGACGGUGAAGAUCGGGGACUUCGGCCUGGCCACGGUCAAGUCUCGGUGGAGCGGGUCGAUGCAGGUGGAGCAGCCCAGCGGGUCGAUCCUCUGGAUGGCUCCUGAGGUGAUCCGCAUGCAGGACAGCAACCCGUACACGUUCCAGUCCGACGUCUACGGCUACGGCGUGGUUCUGUUUGAGCUGAUGUCUGGAACCCUGCCUUACUCCAACAUCAACAACCGAGACCAGAUAAUCUUCAUGGUGGGUCGGGGAUACCUGUCGCCCGACAUCAGCAAGCUGGGCGCCACCUCCCCCAAGUCCAUGAAGAGGCUCAUUAUCGACUGUCUGAAGUUCAAACGAGACGAGAGGCCCCUGUUCCCACAGAUCCUGGUGGCGAUGGAGCAGGUGCAGGACCUGCUGCCCAAGAUCGAGCGCAGCGCGUCGGAGCCUUCGCUGCACCGGGCGGUGCACGCGGAGGACCUCAACCCCGAGCUCUUCAACACCACCCGCUUCAUGCCGCUCUGAGUCCUCCCGGUCAGCCCCGCCCCCUUCCUCCACCCGCAGAGGGCCGGAGCCCAUCCCUGCAGCGCUGCACAUGGUGAUUACCCUGUCCUCCUCCACCACCACCACCUCCGUCACGUCAACACCGCCCCCCCGCCCCGACCCCUGACUCGGCCCGCUCUGAAAGAGGGUGGUCGCUUUGAACUUCUCGUUUUGAGUAUUUUUUUGUUUUGUUCGUUUUCUUUUUUUUCUCGCUCCGAUCGAGUCAGCGAUGCUCGCCGCCGCCGCCGGUUUCACGAGCGCCGACGCCGGCCCGGUCGGCGUACAUACACACUCCGCAGCCCCCCCCCCCCCCCCCCCCCCCCCCCCCCCCCGCGCGGUCGGAGGAAUCGAACCGCGUUCCCGCCCAGCUCUGCACUCCACUGAGGGCUCAGCCCGCACACAUUCCAGUAACACCAGUACUGGUCCCCUUAAUACCAGUACUGGUCCACUUAAUACUAGUACUGGUCCACUCUCUCCCCCACCUUUUUUAAAUUCCAUCUUCUCCAGAGCUUUCUGAACCGGGACCAACUUGGGUUUCUCUCUUGAGAAAUGUUCUUUCAAAGUAAUGGUCCCUUGUUUGUAUUUAUUGUCCUGUCGCCACGACGCAACGCAGGUGACGCCCGUAGUUAGACGCCGUCUUGGUAACAUGUUUAGUAGCUGCUAUUGGCCAGUGAGGACAAAACCAAACCAGGAUGCCUAGGAACCGGACCGUCUGACUCCAGGGCCAGAGUCGCUGCACUGCCGCGGGACCACACACAGACAUGCACACACACACUGUUAUACUGUACCUGCUGGGAAGUCUGUUAGUGAGCAGUCUUUUGAACACUUUCAACGUUUAGGAACAACCCUUUUGGAUGCUUUCACAGAACAGGAGUAGAGGGAUUGGGUAAUGAGUGGGUUCAGCACAAAAUGGUCUUCAUCCUCUGCACAGUCAAAGUUAUUGCUUUUUAGUUUUUUAAGUUUUCAUUGAUUUUAUCAGGAAAGGGCCUUUUUCUCAACUGGAUGACCCUGAUAACACAUCAUUAUAAGGAGCAGAUAUUGAACCUUUUUAAACGGUUGGUUUAAAAAUGUGCAAUAACGUUUUGGCUACCUCCUUUUGACCGCAGAUGAACAUUUUACACAGGCAGAGUAAUAUAUAGACGGAUUGCUACUUUUAUAUCUAAUAAAAAAGUAUUUAAUGCAUUUGAAACCUAGUCUGAGGGACUAAUACAUUCUGAAUAAACUAGUACAUUCGAUACCUUUCUUCCAAUAUUGUGUAAAGCAUGGUUUUCAGGAAGGAACACGUUGAGAACGAAAGCACACGUGCAGUUCAGGCACGUCAAACUAGGGUCUGAGCAGCUUCACCAGUUCUACACAGAGAAUCAAACCCAACCUCUUCUUUGAACCCCGUCCCACUGUUAAAGGCGGUCCCACGUUGAGGGUCACGCUCCCGGGCCCGCGAUACGGACUGCGCUCUGCGGGGGCUCUCGUUCUUCUGUCUAAGCUCGAGUGUCUCCAACAAGCGGCCUUACCGAACCUCAGGAUGUGGCAGGACACAGGACACGCGUCGGAGCACAGCAGCCCUGGAGUGGGGGUGGUGGCUGACCUCUGACCUCUCCCUCUGAGGGGUACGCUGCUCAUCGAGGGUUUGGGAGUAACCGUUGUGUCCACAUGACUCGUUCCUUAAGACUACGACACAACUAGAGUGUGACGCCUGUUCUAAACCAGACGUUGAAACACACCCGUUCUGUCCGGCUUAGCGACACACGGAAGACAAACCCACGGUUUUGAACCAGUCCCUCGAUGCAGAGAGAUGUUCGACGGGGCUUUCCACCGUGUGGUCUCUGUGCGUGUGGUGGCUCGCUUAUCACUUCUCCACUGCUUCGCUGAAGGUCUCGGCGUCUGACUGGGGCAGGAGGGACCGCCGUGCCUUGCCGCCACUUCCCCAAACUAACGUGAACACGGACGCCAUCGGUAGUCCACCAAAUACUGCUCGUCCUGUUUUGGGUUGUGUUGAGACAUUGUACGAUUGUUGAUUUGGGGCGGGGGGGGCGUCAGACUGUUAUAAACUAAUAUAAGCCAUAUUAACUUUCCUACUAAGGGUUUAAAUCAGUCAGAUCUGGGGGGCAGUUGAGGGUUUCAUUUUAACGAGCGCCAUGGAUCUGCCAGCAGGGCCUUCUUUCACCAGCUUGCGACAUGGCAUCAGGGGUCUCUGGUGGUUCUUCGAGGACACACUCCCUCCCCCAGCUCCGCUUGAAGACCUCAGAGCCCGGGGCUGAAAGACACCCGUCACUGUAGUCCAGCUGCUGCUGCUAACCACCAUAGGGAACCAUGCAUUCAGGUCACAGCGAAUUGCCGUGAAAACACUUUAACUCUGGUCCAAUGUGUGUGUGUGUGCUGGUAACGCGUUGGUUAGGAGGGUUGCUUGUGUGUGCGUGUUCUGUGAACCUGGCGGCGAUUUCUGUUCCUUAUCGUACGUACUGUGGGCGCGAAGGGACUGUGUGGCCAAGAGGUCACUGAGAUGAGACCAAGAUGUCGACAUGAGGUGACCACAAUGUCAACAUGUCACCACGAUGUGACAAGGAUGACACCAUGAUGUCACCACGAUGUGACAAGGAUGACACCAUGAUGUCAUCACGAUGUCCCCAAGAUGAGACCAUGAUGUUCCCAUGUUGUGAAGACGCAAUGCUCACUCACCAUAGCUUAGAGGUUUCCCUCCUUGUGUUUUUAGCCCUAGAGGAGGUGGAUACGGGCUGAGGGGCUGGGCCCCUCACGGCCCGCUAUACUCAUUCCAGUCAUGGGGGGGUCCUUGGUCCGGGGUGGAAGGUUUCCCGGGGUCGGGCUCCCCACCUUUCAGUUAUUUAUUGAUGUCUGUGCAAAACAUUUUCAAUCUGCAAUCAUGGAUCUCUUGAGGUGGAUCAAUGUUUACUCGAGGGAGAGCGCUCUGCAAAAAUGUAAAAGCCAUGUUUGGGGAACCGUUUCUUUGUGGCACGGUACUGUCCGGCCCUGCUUGGCUCGAACCCCCGCUCCUCCGGGAACAGGGCUCGUUUGAAACAUCUAGGGACGGGUCGGACCUCAGUAGGGACGCUGGUUUUAAUAGUCGCUCAUACGGUUUUACUAUGUGUCUCCCUCACCAUCUACCAUAUAUUAAACACAGUAACGGAGAUUAACCUAAUUUAAAAGGAGACCCAAGGUGGACUUGUGAGGAUGUACGGUGUAUAGACUGAGGGCACUGGAGAACCACAGAUCUUCACAAACUGACCCCACUCUGAGGUUCUUCAGAAGGACGAGGCUUUUAUUGUUCCUGGUUUUAAAUUUGUAGUCCCAGGUUAGGGGUGCUUAUGGACUACAUAUCCCAUGAAAUUAUCCUAAUCAGUGCUUUCUCAUUUUCCCUGAGGGGGACUGCCAUUGGCUGAGAGCGCCAUGGUGGAGGCUCGCUAUAGGUUGAGUUUUGGUUGCAUUGCCUGCAUGUCGCCCCCUCUCCUAAGAGGACGACAGCGUUCUAACACCCUGUCUAGAGGGGAUGGACAGGUUGCUACGGUUACUUAAACAAUGUCCACCUGAGAAGAUGGCCACGCCCCUAUCCGAUGCUCGAGCUCGCCCCCCCCCCCCCCCCCCUCUUUGAAACGGACCGCAGCACAAAGUAUCACGUUCACGGUUUGCUCGUGGACGCCCUGCACGGCGCGGGAAUCUCACUCGCAACCCAACGGCUGUCUAUUUCAGAGAGGCAAGAGUAGGAGUUAUAUUGGAAUAGGGUUCUUUCUGCAUAUCUUUUAGGUGAAUUGCAAUUAACUGUCUAUAGUUUUCUGAUGUUUCAGGGGUGUUCAGUUUGCAAUAAAUGGUGUAUCCUGCUCUGUACAGUUACUUUUUUAAUUAAAAUGUACUUGUUUCUAUUUUUUUGUGUGACGGUUUCAAGAGAAAAAAAAGAACAAUUAUUUUAAAUGUAAAGGAAAUCUUAGUAUUUUUUUAGUUUUUUUUGUCUUAAAAUAUUGAUGAUGCAGGAUUCUUUAAAUAAAACUGUGGAAUACUAAAGA